UCUGCUCGCGCUCUGCCCCCGCCCCUCCCACCUCCUGCCCUGUGCGAGUCAGAGAUUUUGCGCGCGCGCCCCGGAGCAAAGAGAUAGUGCCACCACUGUUCGGUGCGGUGGUUUCGGUGAAAGAGACCGACAGAGCUUGGUGGAUAGAGAAGAGAGGAGGCGGAGGCGAGGUCUCCAACGGGGAGGGGAUAGAGCGGUGCAUUUUCUUGCCCACAGGCACGGAAGGUCAGCCUCUCGGCAGCACGGGGCGCCGCCUGUUCUUGUGUGAUUGCUUCAGUUCGCGCCACUAAACAGGAUGGAUGGGAUGGACUUCCUGGCCGGAAUGGGCAUGAACGAGGAUGAUCUUAUGACGAUGGUGUUUGAAAAGAAUGUCGCUGAGCUGAGAGAAGACACAUUUGAUGGUUCUGAGGAGGAAAGAAAAAUCUUUGAGGAGAUUUUCGGCUGCGGACAGAACACUUCUCAACCAGGCAUAGGCAAAACAUCUAUACCGCCAUCCGGCUCUGCCUCCAGCGGCAAGAUGGGCUACUGCCGCAUAGUGGAGUCCUUCACUCACGGCAACCUAUCGAGCUAUCAUGUCUUCGAUCACAGUGCUAGUCAACAGAUGCAGAACGCAAUGCCUUGCACAGAUCAUCAUGACAUGCCUUCUGAGCUCGUGGUACAGUCGACGCCACCUUCCGUUGAUCGGGUGUACACUCGCAGGGCGGUGACUCACAAUCACAGCAGCCACAGAGCAGAACUUUCCAGUGUCCUGGAUUUGGAGAGGGUUGACAUCACCAGCGUGAUCGCGCGGCGGCCUGGCGGCUGUGGCUUUGGAAUGCUCUGGAACCAUCUCCGGCUGCACGCGCAUCUUCUGAUGAUGGACGCCGGGUGGAAGAUCGAGGGCAAGGAGAGGGGGAACAAGAGCAAGAUCGAGGGCGAUAAGGAAAGGGGGAACAAGAUUAAGAUCGACCUCAUGUACGAGUCGCCCGACAAGCUCAUGCGCCUGGCUUCUCUUGCUAGGGCUUGGAAGUGCUUUGGUGAGUGGCUGCUGGUCCGCUCGUCCAUAGUUGAUGGAGAUGACUGUGGAAAGGAAUGGUCCAACAUGCACGACUUUCUGUGUGAUUUGAAGGACACGCUGCUGUGCUUGGAACACGAGGCCCGGCGCCCCGAGCAAUCCCUGUCUUUCAUGCACCAGUGGCGGCUGCUCGAUCCUUUCAUGGCGGUGGUUUGCAUCGAGAAGAAGGUCGCAGCGCUGCGGAAUGGAGUGCCAUUGAAGGCUGUGAACAGCACAGUCUACGGCCCUCAGUCAUAGCGAGAGAAGUUGCGGAAGCAGAGCAAGGGAGAACCAAAUGUGAGUCAGCAAGUACAGUUUGAAGCUGAAAGGGAGCCGGAGGCGUUGGUGGCACGGCGUGAGCACAGUUUGAAGCUGAAAGGGAGCCGGAGGCGUUGGUGGCACGGCGUGAGCUGGGGCGGCCUAUCUGUGAGGAAGAGGGCUGCGUGGUAGUUUGAGUACCAGAUCGACUUUAGUUGCGUGUUUGUCUUUUGCCCACUCUGUUGUACUCCUACUGUAGAACGGAUCUCUAGUCUCUGCUCGGACCUUCUAACUAAGUAUCUCCGUA